AUGGAAGAGCUAGAACAAAUAGAAUAUGUACCUGAAGACGUAAUUGUUAUUUCGGAUCAACAAACUUUGAUAGACACGCUCGUAAAAAAUAUAAGUGAUGAGUACGCAACUUAUUCCGUUGCCAGCCGGACUGCUUAUGGAGUCGCAUUAACAUCGCUUCUAUAUGAAAUAAAAAACCAAGUCAGUACUGCCGAAAUUUAUCUUCAACUUGGAGAGUCUCUAUAUGACCAAGAAUAUCUAAUUAAAGGACAUAUUUACUGCAGUGAAUUAAAUAAAUUACUUAAUCUUCUAGAAGGAUGUGAUGAAAAAGUUCAGCAGUACUUGAUGAUCUCCAAAAUGAAUUACAAUUUACAACAACUUAAAAAUUUAAUUGAAGAAUUUUCACUCUCUAAUAAUUUAUUAUCUUGUAAUUAUUCUGAUAAUAACAGUGAGGUAUUUAAAUUUUUAUAUCAAUUUCUUACUGGUGAGCUUCUUGGAUGGGAGCCAGUAAAUCCCGAGUUUAUUCUUAAAGAAAACGCUCCUAAAAAACCGGUAUUUAUAACAAAAAAUAACAAUCGCCGUACUCAAUUAAAAAGUUUACAACAUUUACCAUUAUUUAAUUAA